UGAAGACGUUCAGGUCCGUUGGCACCGCGGUGAUUGGCAGGCGGCGCUGGGGUGGCUUCCUCCUUAGAAGUGAGUGGUCGCCAUUGUCGGCUCGGCAAGUGGCUGGAGGUGCCCGUGAACGCGGCGAGCGGCGGAGGUGGAGGCGGCGGCCCAACGGCAAGCAGUGCACAGAAAAUGGAAUCAAAGCCAUCAAGAAUUUCACGGAGGCUAUCUGCUCAGCCAGCUGGUUCUCAAAGUGCUAGGAUAGGAGCUGGAAGUGGUGGAACAAGUUUAACUGAUUCAUACCGUACAAGAGAAGCUUCAUUAAGAUUUGAUUCUGGAUGCCAGGAAUCUAGCAGGUUGCAUAGUUCGAGUAGAGACUGGGCAAUUGAUGAAAGAGAAGCAUAUGAAAGUUCAUGGAAGCUUCCAGCUUCUUCUCCAACUCACUACUCAGGAACACUUGAUCGUCCGUGGUCUGGGAGACUUUUGGGAAGCAGAAACAGAUUGCUUGCCUCAUCAUCAUCACUUCCUGCAUCAUCUUGGUUUGGUGAAUCUGAAAGAACUCAGGGAGCAUAUUCUUCAAGACUGCAUAACCAGACACAAGAUAUUGAUUCAAAAAGACCUAAACUUUCUUAUACAUCUACCUCUAGUAUGAGAAGUAGUGGUUUAAACACAGUUUCAGAUUCCCCAUGGAGGUACAGUGAUGUGCCCAGAUCUUCAUCUAUGGUACUUGGAUCAUUAACAACUGAACUUGUGAGAGAGAGAAGAGAGCUAGAAAGGACAGAGCCAUCUGUUAGUUUUAUGGAUUGUAAUCAAAGGAAUGGUGAUUUCCCUUCUUCAUCAUAUUUGCAGGAAAGACCUGCUUCUUCAUAUGCACAGGGAGCAAGACCAAAGGAAAACUCAUUGAGUUCUUUGAGGCUGAACACAUCCAUGAACCGCCAGUUGCCUUCUGAACGUGAAUCAUCAUUACUCUCUAGAGAUCAUAGCUGGAAUUCAAGAUCUAACUAUGUCCCAAGAGAAGUAGAGACUUCUGAAAGGAAUAUACAGCCAGAGUAUAUCCAUGGUACCAUGAGAAGUGGAACCAGAACCUCAAGCAAUUCUGAAGGAGUUUUGCCAUCCCAAAGGUCAUUAAGUGAACCUCCUGCUGAUACUGAAGGAAGGCGUACAACAAGGCAAUUACUAUCUCGUUUAGCAUCUAGUAUGUCCUCUACUUUUUUCUCAAGGAGGUCUGGCCAAGACUCUUUGACUUCUUCAAGACCAUUAGGUUCUGAAGAUAUAAAUGUUCUAAGAGCUCAAGCUUCUGCCCAGGUGACUUCUUCUAACACACGUACAAUUUCUGAAGGUACAGAAGCCCAAACACCUGAUAGUUCUCAGGGAUUUAGCUUUCUUAGAAGACGCUGGGGUUUGGCAGGUAUUUCACCAAAUCCUAGUGCUGAUUCAGAACCUGGAAGUUACAGACAUAAUUCUGAAAGUAGAAAUGCAGGUUCCUGGCUGUCAUCUUCUUUGAGGAACAGAUGUACACCUUUGUUUUCCAGAAGGCGAAGGGAAGGAAGAGAUGAAACUGCAAGAACCUCUACCUCUGAAACAUCUGCUAGGUCACUGCAUCUUUUUAGGAGAAGAGAAUCUGUUGGGGAUGCACCUCUUGAAGCACAAAGGGAAUCCCUCAGGCUUAGGCCAUCAGCACCUGCAGUACCUAGUGGUACUACAUCUGUUGCUUCGGAGUCAGAUUCAGUGCCUCCUAGAAGAAAUUCAGGAAUAUCAGGAAUGUUUCCUGGCUCCCUUUUCCGGUUUGCAGUGCCACCGACUUUGGGAAACAACUUGUCUGACAAUGUGAUGAUAACUGUAGAUAUUAUUCCAUCAAGCUGGAAUCAGCCUAAUGGACAAGAUAAUGACAAAUCUAAAAUACCACCUUCAAGAGAUCCAGAAAAGCUUCAGAAAAUUAAAGAGAGUCUUCUUUCAGAAGACUCAGAAGAAGAGGAGGGAGACUUAUGUAGGAUUUGUCAAAUGUCCUCUACAUCUGCCACUAAUCUCUUAAUUGAGCCAUGUAAAUGCACUGGAAGUCUGCAGUAUGUUCACCAGGAAUGUAUGAAAAAGUGGCUACAAUCCAAGAUUAACUCAGGUUCUUCAUUGGAAGCUGUAACUACCUGUGAAUUGUGCAAAGAGAAGUUGCAUCUCAAUCUUGACAAUUUUGAUAUCCAUGAACUCCAUAGAGCACAUGCAAAUGAACAAGCAGACUAUGAAUUUAUCAGUUCUGGGCUUUACCUUGUAGUAUUGUUGCAUUUGUGUGAACAGCGCUUUUCAGAUAUGCUGGGAACUACAAGUGAGGCCAACACACGUGUCCGGUUUAUUAAUCUUGCAAGAACUCUUCAGGCACACAUGGAUGACAUUGAAACAUACAUUAAAUUGAAAUGAUGGGCAGAACAUUAUUGUGACAGUUGGCAACAGCUUCAGAUGAUGAUGAUUCUGAAGAUGGUGAUCUCGAUAGAACCCUUGAUGCUGCAUAGAUGGAAAUGGAAGGGCUAAAUGCUCAGCUGACUCAAGUAACAUCAGUGCAUAUUUAUUUAGUAAAAAAACAUGCUGAAUUCUAUUAGAUUUCUGAAGAAUUGCUGAGUCAAGAUAAAAUCUGCUGUUGCACACUGCUAUCCAUAGAUAUUGGAUAUUGCUAAUUCAGUCUACAAGUCUGAACAGUCUAUUUUUCUUCUUUCAGAUAUGACAUGUAUGCCUUCUUCUAAAAGACAUGAUUUUUAUGUGUAAGGAAGAUUUCUUUUUGUAUAAACUUCUUACAGAAAUCAGUUACAAAUUCUGGGAAAUGUUUCUCAAGUUUUGCUCUUCUGCUGGCACUAAGUGGAACUAUUAAGUAAGUUUGCAAGUCCAAGUCACAGGGAGGGGAUAAUUCUUCAUUAACUUACCAUUUUAAAAUAUCUAUUGGGAAGUCUCAUCAUUUUGCUUCCAGUGUUAACAACCUAGAUUGAAUGAGGGAAUGAAUGGGUUAUGUGAUUAGUGUUAAGUUUCUCUAAGUUUUUCUUGAGGAAUGUUUAACUCAAAGCAAUAAACUUGCAAGGGGCUACUAAUAAGUGUUAAUUAUGGCUUUUAUAAAUAUUGAUUUCAAAACUGCAGAUUAUAUUUGAUGAUAUUAUGUAGAAGUUCCAGUAAGGAAUUACAGCAGUAAACACAAGCAUUUCAGCAUUCCUGGAAGGAAUAAAACUUACAGUUUAGAAUCUUAACCAAGCUAUUUAUCUGGAUGAACUUUUUUUAGAACCCACAUUCACUGCUAAGGCACUGGUUAUCAAUGUGUUUUCUAGUGUUGUCACCUGUUUGUUAAAUAAAAAUUGCAAUCCCUA